UUCGGUACAUAAGGCUGUUGCUCUGGCAGCCCAAGUUCAGUUGACUUUCUUUCUCUUACGUCUAACACGGUACAAUCGCGAUGCCUACCUUGGAUCUCUACUACAUGCCCAGCCCCGGUGCCAGUCGGGCUGUUAUCAUGACUGCCAGAGCUGUCGGUGUUGAAAUGAACAAGAAGGUUGUGAAUGUCUUUGCGGGGGAACACUUGAAUCCGGAUUUCGUAAAGAUCAACCCACAGCACACCGUUCCCACUCUGGUAGAUGACGGAUUCGUUCUAUGGGAGUCGCGUGCAAUUCUCAUUUAUCUGGCGGAGAAGUACGGCAAGGAUGACUCUCUCUACCCCAAGGAUCCUCAACAGCGAGCUCUGGUCAAUCAGCGUCUCUUCUUCGAUUUGGCCACCCUUUAUGCCGCCAUUUCGGGUUACUACUACCCGGCCUUCAGCACUGGCAAGUUCGGAUCUCCAGAGGCGUUCAAGAAACUCGGAACUGGAUUCGAAUUCCUCAACACCUUCCUGGAGGGUCAGAAAUAUGUGGCCGGCAGCCAGCUAACCAUUGCAGACAUUUCCAUUCUGGCUACCAUCUCCACAAUCGAAGCAGUGGACUUUGACUUGACGAAAUAUCCCAAUGUGGACAGAUGGUACGCAAAUGCCAAGAAAGUGACGCCCGGCUGGGAGGAGACCCGACCAGGACUCGACAUAAUGCGAGCCUUACUGCAGCCAAAGAAAGUCUAAGGAUAUCUGCUCUUAAGCUAGUUAGUUAUUGUUUAUAGUUUACUUAACGCAUUUGUGUUGAAAUAGUGUGAUAAGAAUGUUCCAGAGCGUGGAUAGAUAAUAAAGCUGAAACAAUUAUA